AGUUGUAAAAAAAAUUUUACUUGUGAAGAAAUGUGAAAGAAGUUCUUGCUAGUUCCGUGUUCAUUUUCUUAACAUUACAAAAGUUCACAUGAAUAAAAUUUAUUUUUUGAGAAUAAAACUAAAUAAAAAACGCCCAAAAUUUUACAAACCAAUAAAAAAAUAUUUUAAUUAAAACUGGUAUUGUGUAAAGUGUUUAAUAAAGUGUCGAAAGAUUUGUGGCCAAGAAAACAGCUUGAAUCGAUUUUUAGCAAAAAUAAUAUUGGUUAAAAACAACAAUAUUAAUAAAGAAAGUGACCGCAAUCAUAACUAGGUCAUUUUAAUCAAGGCAUAAAUAAAUAAAUAAACAAAUUGCAUAUACAUAUAACGGUUGCAAACAAUUUGUCAUAAAUUUAAUAACAAAUUGUAUGACUAACGAAUCUCUAACGUACUAGAGUAAUUUAAACAAAAAUAUCAUCAUCAACAUCCAUAAACAAAUUGAAAUUAAACAUUUCAAUUUCAAUAAAUACCAAAAAAAAAUACAAAACAAAACUUUAAUAAUUAACAAGGAAUUUGCAGAUCUUUUAAAGUUUUCAUUUCUUUAUUCUACAUUUCGUUAUUAUUAUUUAAACAAACAAAAACACACCCUAAUUUAACGCUGCAAUGGCAUCAUCCUCCAUACUCGCCAACAAUCCAAUUACAACACAUAAAACACCAACGUUAAUAAACGGUUCUAAUUCUACUGCUACAACAACAACAAUUUCAACACGCAAAAGAACAUACGAAUCAGCUUUAACCAAUCCCUCAUCUUCGUCGUCGUCGUCGUCUCUUAACACAAACUUGUCACAGUCGCCAAAUUUUGAUAUUGCCAAAGAACAAUCUAUGUUGCCUCCCUCGUCACCAGCUUCUGUAACCGAUGAUUUGAUGUCGAUUAAAGUGGAUGGUUCAUCCGCCGCCGCCACUUCUAAAGAUUAUACACGCACAAUUUCCCAAAGUGAACCUGAUGAUGGUGAGGGUGCUGCUGCAAUUUUGGCUGUGGAUACUGCAGCUACAACUAGUCCUGUGAAAAAGAAAUAUGCUCCACCAAAACACAUUCAGCAACAUGCAAGUUGCAGUUCGGAUAUAAUGACGAUUUGCAAACCUGCACCAUUUUCCACCGAUGAAGAGGCUGUACGUGAACGUGAUCGCUGUGAUUAUAACUAUAAGAUAACGUAUCAAAUGGCCCGCAGCGGUCAAACCUCUAGAAGAGUACGUGUUUAUGCUGAUGGUAUCUAUGAUUUAUUCCAUCAAGGUCAUGCCAGACAAUUAAUGCAGGCUAAAAAUAUUUUCCCUAAUGUCUAUUUGAUUGUGGGUAUUUGCAAUGAUGAACUCACCCAUGAAAUGAAGGGCCGCACAGUAAUGAAUGAUUUUGAACGCUAUGAAGGCGUACGUCAUUGUCGUUAUGUUGAUGAGAUUAUUCCAAAUGCUCCUUGGACUUUGAAUGAUGAAUUUAUUACUUCCAACAAAAUUGAUUUUGUUGCCCAUGAUGACAUUCCAUAUACUGGCGAUGGAGUUGAUGAUAUUUAUGGUUGGUUAAAGGCUAAAGGCAUGUUUGUGGCAACUGAACGUACUGAAGGAGUCUCUACUUCAGAUAUUGUUGCUCGCAUUGUUAAAGAUUACGAUUUGUACGUACGACGUAAUUUAGCUCGUGGCUAUUCGGCUAAAGAUUUGAAUGUCUCAUUUCUUUCCGAAAAGAAAUUCCGUUUACAAAACAAAAUGGACGAACUUAAAGAUCGUGGACGUCGUGAAUUGACUAAAGUCAAGGGUGAUAUCAUAACAAAAUGGGAAGAAAAAUCACGUGAAUUUAUUGACGCUUUCCUAUUACUGUUCGGACGUGAACGUCUUCAUCAUUUGUGGAACGAAUCGAAGGGAAAAUUGAUACAAGCCCUCAGUCCACCUGGUAGUCCAAGUGGUUCAGUAAAUGGUGAUUAUAUUGACUUUGACGAUGAUGAAGAUGAUGAGGCUCUCGACGAUGAUGGUGUGGCAUCAAGGGGAUCAAGUGAUAAUGGUCCUGAGGUAAAUAUUCAUAUGGAACAUUCACCGCGUGGUAGACGUACUUAUCAUCGACGUGUGGUCGAUAGUCCCACAACGUUACGCAGAAAUGAUCAGUAUUCGCCGGACGAAGAAGACGAUGAUGAUGAUGAUGAUGUGGAAUUUGAGCGUAGAAGUAAUUAAAUUUUGAAAAAAUAUUACCAUUAUAUAUGGAUGGAUGGCUGCUUAAUAAAACAAACAUAAUUGUGUAGAAACACUUAUAAUUAUUGUAUUGUAGCGGGUAUAACAAACAAACAAGCAACAUUUAGGAAGUUUUAAUAAUAAUGGUAAACAACAACAACAACAGAAGAAACAAAUCUUUUUUGAAUAAGAGAGUUUAAACAAAAAUUAACAAAUCUAUUUGAAAUAUUUAAAUUUAAUAUAACAUACGCCUUUUUUAAAGAACUAAACUCAUCGUCGUUAUUUAUUUAGAAAAUGAAAACAAACACUACUUACUACUACUACUCCUUCUCCUUCUCCUCAUCAUCAUACCACAAUAAUUACAAAUUGCUAACUUUGCAAUUUGAAUUGAAAACACAUUGAAUGUGUAGAAUGUAUGGAUAUUGGUUGUUGUUAUGUAUGUACGUAUUGAAUUGUAUUUAUAAAAUACAAAUCAUAUUUUAAAAGAAACAACUGCAAAAGCGUAUUUUCAAAAAUUAGAAAAAGCCCUAAAAUUUAAUAUUUUAUACGUUUUUAGCUGAAAAUUCUAUUAAUAUUUUUGUAUUUUAUAGAUUUUUUUUUAUUAGCAAAUGCAUUAUUAGUUUUUUUUUUUUUUGUAAAUCUUUAUUUUUCUGCUCGCCCUCUUUAGUCUUAGUGUAUUUCUAAAUAUUUUUUAAUUUAUUAUAAUUUUGUCCUUUAUUUAUAAUUUAAUUUAAUUAUAAUUUACUUAUAAACCAUUUUACUAAUUUCAUGUUGCUCUUAAACUAUUGUUUAAAUUGUUUCCUAUAUUUAAUUAGUUUUUUUUUUUAAUAAUUUGUUUAUUUAAAUAUAAGAAACAUACUACUUACUGGCCAUGCUGUUUGUUGUUAAAGAGCUAUAAAAUAAGAAAUUAUCAUUUCUUAAGUAAAUUAUAUUAAAAUAUAUGUAUUUAAAAAAACACCCAUACAAGAAGCAUGGCUACGACGUUUGUGUAAAUAGUUUUAAUAAAACAAUGAAUGUAUUGCAAUCUCAUUAUUAUGAGAAUUUUUUUUAAUUACAAAA